AGGAACUACUAGCGUAAAUCGCAAUCUUGUCUUUUUGAUGAAGAAAAGCUAACACAACUUUUUGGUAUUUUCCUCACAUGCUGAUAUAACAGGUUUCACAGCUAUGAGAUGUACUGCAGCAGUGAACGGAUUUUUUACCUUCCUCCUCUGUGCAGCAGUGGUGCAGGGUCAGGACGACUGGGGGGUGACGUACAGCUCUGCUGAGAUCUGUGCUCUGAAGGGAUCAACAGUAGAAAUACACGGCACGUACAGACACCCGACCAGAGAAAAGGACCUGAAUGUCAGUGUUACUGAAGCAUUUUGGCUUGUUCACGCUGAUAAUGAACCUGUGGAUCUGAAGUCAGAGGCAGAGUAUGCUGGUCGUGUUCAGGAUCACUGUGAUGAAGAUGGCUGCACUCUGACCAUCUCAGACCUGAGAGAGAGCGACUCAGCUGAAUACAGGUUCAGGUUCAUUACAAACCAACCAGGUGGAAGCUUUACUGGUUCUCCUGGAGUCGUUUUAACCGUCUCAGGAAGUCGCUCAUUGUUCUACCUGGAUCCCAAAGUGAAGAUCACCCAAUCAACUUUCACUAAUCAUCAUCUGCAGUGUAACAUCGGGUGUUUCUUACCUGGUAGUCCAAAAUUCGUCUGGUACAAAAAUGGAAAGAAAAUGAGUGAACAGAAUUUUACUUAUUCAGACAGUUUUCGGCCAAAAGACAGUGUUAGCUGUGCUGUAAGAGGACACGAGGACUUUCCUUCAGCUCCGUUCUGUAAGACUCAGUCAUGUGACAAAGUUUUCUACAAUGAAAGAAGAAUCUGUGCAAUCAAAGGCUCGUCAGUGGACAUUUCCGUCACUUACACACAACCAUCAAUCAAAUCAAAAUUCUGGUUCAGUCCUGGACGCAGUCACCGGUGGCGGUCGCACUCACAACCUGAAGAUCUUAAAAACGACCCUCAGUAUUCAAACCACGUUCAGGUUUCUGAAGGAAGAAAAAGCUCCACUCUGACCAUCUAUAACCUGACAGAGAGCGAUUCAGCUGAAUAUCGCUUCGCAUUAAAAACAUCAGGCUCUGGAUGGGGAACCGAUCUGCAUGGAACAACUCUGACAGUCACAGCUCUCCAGGUGCAGGUGACCAGAAUAUUUGCUGCUCAGAACGUUGUCCUUGCACAGCUGAAGUGUCACAGCAGCUGCGCUCCAGCUGACCAUCAUUCCUUCAUCUGGUUCAAGAACAGACGCAAAAUCAGCGAAGACACAAACUCUUACAAAGACAUUAUUUAUCCUGAAGAUAAAAUCUCUUGUGCUAUAAAACAAAACAACCACAGAGCCCCCGCAGUGUAUGCUCCAAAUUCUCCCUCAGUGUCAGUGAGUCCUGCUGGUGAAAUCAUAGUGGGCCACUUUGUAAGUCUUACCUGCAUCAGUUACGCGAACCCAGCAGCUAACUACUCCUGGUACAAGAAGAACAGACCUUCAGCUCUUCAGCCUCCCAGUAAGGAUCCACAGUUUGUCUUCAGCUCCAUCCAGCCCUCUGACUCUGGAGAGUAUUACUGUUCUGCUGAGAAUGAGAUGGGGAGAAGAACAUCUGGAUACGCAGUCAUUGGUUUGAAAUAUGCUCCAAAGCCUCCCUUACCAUCAGCUACUUCCUCUGUUGAGACAGAUGAAGGCAGCUCAGUUACUCUAACCUGCAUCAGCAAUACUAACCUGGCACCUAAUUACACCUGGUACAAGGAGAACCAAACACUGCUUCAAAGAGAUGACAACAUUUAUAACUUCAUCGCUGACAAGUGGAUUCACAGUGGGCUCUAUCUCUGCACAUCUAUGAAUAAGCAUGAUCAGGGAACGUCCUCAACUGGCCACGCAGAUGUCCAAUAUGUCCCGCAGUUUCUCUCAAUGUCAGUAAGUCCCUCUGGUGAGUUAGUGGAGGGUGCUUCAGUGACUCUGACCUGCAUCAGCGAUGGUGACCCAGCAGCUAACAACACCUGGCACAAGGUGGACAAAGACUCACCGAAAUCAUCUGGACAGACGUUUAUCAUAACUGAUGUCAGAUCUGAACAUGGUGGAAUUUACAACUGUGAAGCACAACAUGGAAGAGGACAGAAGUUCAGCCCACAUUCGAACACUGCUUCAAGCUCGAUGAAAUCAGCUGUUGCUGGAUCCAUUUCUGCUAUGUUUGUUACCAUCAUACUUGUUUUUUCCUGCAUCGUUAUUGGAAGACAGAGGUCACCAAAACAAAGCUCAGAGUCCAGAGGGAGGCUAGACAUCAGUGCACCGCACAAUAUGGCACCAGAAUCGGACAUGUUGGCAGCAGUGCUCAGACCGCCCGAGGAGCAGGAUGAGCUUCACUACGCCAGUGUAUGUUUCAUUAAGAAUGAGGAUGAUCCUCUCUUCUCCAACAUCGUGCUAACUCAGCUCAAGGAUGAACAUGGGGAGUACAUGCUUGUCAACGUGGUCACCCCCUCCCCAGACUGAGGCGUCAACCUGCUGCAGAGGAUGCAACCGUACAUCCAACAGCACAGCCGACAAAAGCCCAGCGUAAAAACACUUCUGUCUCUGGUCCCAGCUCACUCACACAGUUCGUUGUUUUCAAACACACUGCCGCUACCAGAGGGCAGAUUGUCCAACACACAGGGAAAGAUCUUUGUGCUGGUGAUGUGCACGAAUUCAUCAUCUCAGGUUAUACGCAGAGAUCAGUUUUUAUUUUCAUAUUUUUGUCAGUACAGCUGUAUUUUGGUGGCUACAGUGCACUAGUUUAAACCUCAAUGUCAAAAUCAAACAGCCCCUUCCUUAAUCAAACAACUUUAACUUAAUAAAUAAGCCCUCAGAAUUAUGGAUAAAAAGUCAGUUUGGUCUGCUUUAUACCAAAAAAAUAUAUAGUUCGCAAAGUUUCACAGACUUCAUCAAUCCGUGCUUUCUGAAAUUAAUUAAUGUUCAAAUGUGUUAAUAAAUCAGCACUAAUUUUACUUUGUGGAUUAAUCCAAAGACAGGAAAACGGCAGCCACCAGAAUGUUGGUCAGUAAGAUCUCCUUCCACAGAACCACAUUUAGACAGCAUUUUCUAUAAAACAUAGUCAUAGUAAAAAAAAAGAAGAGAAAGAGAUAACAGGUUCUAAAACAGUAAAUGUUAGAAACAAGAACUUACCCUCCUUUAAAAUGUAAAGACGUCAUCACAGUCAUGUGUGUUUGUGUUGGUUUUCAGAUUAGGUUCAUUUUGUAGGAAAUACUUAUAUUACUGUUGUUGUUUUUGUGUAUAUAUAUAUAUAUAUAUAUAUAUAUAUAUAUAUUGGCUUUAGAAAUGUGUGGUUUUACAUCUCUUGAAGGUCCUGCCUGCUCUUACAUUUCAUAGAGCAAAAUUGUCAGUGACCCCUGAUAAAUUUUAUCAUAAAAUGUGGAGAUAAAGCUCAUUGAGCCAUCUCUAUGGUUGUGUUUGGUUACCCAUGGUAAGUGUUUGUUCUCCUAGUGAUAUUUCAAAUAUUAUUAACUUUAUUACAAGCAUUUGCUGAAAAACAUUUAUGCUCUUAAUUCUUUUCCAAAAGAGAAGGAAAAAAAAGCAAAGAAACAUUUUCUCUUACUUUUCUCUGAACUUUAAAGGGAUGUUGUAGAAUUUUUUCCUCCCUCUUCUUUGAAAAGCCCAACCAGGGAUGAGAGUUGUGAAUUAGCUUAAUGCUACAUACUCAAUAUCCAAAACAUGAGUUGUACUUCAUGUAGUUUAUAUUUCUUUGCAUUGUCAAAUAAAUGAAUGAAAUAGAAUAAAUACAUUUACAUAAUCCGUUUAUUUAAACAUCCCGAAAUGAUUUAAUGAGCUAACUUGAUUUUCCUGAUUUCUGUUAACUGCUG